CGCGAUUUUUGGCACGUCACAGCGCCGCGUCAUCAUGUCUCCGUGUCUGCUUUUAUCACUGAAGAAUUAAUUUGUCCAACAUUAUCAUACCUUAUCGACACCUUUUUAUGUGGACUAUACAUUUUAGACGAUUUUGAGAUAGAUAUAUAAGAUGGAACUUCUAAGGCAAGUGUCCAACACGCAGUUUUUGUUCCCUGUGGCUGCAGUGGCUGUUGUUUUAGUAUGCGCAGCGUUAGUAUUUGUGUUCGGGUUCCAUUCGGCGGAACAGCCACAAUUCGAUAAGCUGCCACUGGUGUUGGAUGAUAGGAAAUCGUCGAACAAGAAGAGGAAAACCAAGGACAAGAAGUCUUCACCUAACCGCACAACAAGCGAUGAUGGGAAGGCAAAGUCUGAUAACUCCAAAAAAUCUCCUGCCAAGGAGAAAAAAGAGGAGAAAGUGAAAGAAGUUGACAAACAGAAACCAAAGGAGAGGCCAGUGGAGAAAGCAGCCAGGAAGGAGAUUAGAGAGGACAAGAAGGGCAAGAAGAAGCCUGCAGCUGAACAAGAGAAACCAGCUGACUUUGAUGAGGGUGUGUGGGAGGAGGUGCCAAAGAAGAGUGACAAGAAGAAGGUCAAGAGUCCAGAAGAGAAUCAAAAGAAAAAGGAUAGCCCUGCUAAAAAAAAUAAAAAAACCAAGGAUGCUGAUGUGGAGGCUGCGAGGCCAGUUCAGGAGGAAGCACCAGAAGAGACCAUUCGGGUGAUCAGUGCUGAGGGACCCGAAGUGGAUGAGGAAGCUGCAGCUGCCUUGCAGGCACAGAUUGAGGAAGUCCAACGUGUGCUUAAGGAGGCGGAGCGGCGCGAGCAAGCGGCGCUGAGCGGCGACGCGGACGAGGACGACCUCGCUGAGGUCAAGGACCUGCGCAGCAACAAGAAGAAGGAGAACAAGGAGAAGCAAAUCAAGAAGAAAGCUAAUGAGACCUCUGCUUCUAAAGCUUUAGUGAAAGCUGAGCCCGCAGACAACUCUGACUCCUCUGAGAAACAAGAAGAGAAACCAAAUGCCCCAGCUUUCGAUGAAUUAGGAGACACUUGGACGGACGCGAAGGUAUCGAAGAAGAGCAAGAAGAAGGCGCGGAAGGAGCAGUGAGGCGAGGCAGCUCCGUAGCUCAAUGUUCACACCGCUGGGACGCCACUGUUACCGACGCCACCACACAUUCUCGUAGAAUCCAAAUUUACUAGAUUAUAAUUUUAUUUCAGGGUCGUAGUUUUACAGGGUGUGAAAGUCUUUUAUAUUUAAGUUUUUAUUCAUUUAACUGUUCGAAACACAUUCGGUUAAAUUACGUCCAUGUUUUAGUUGCAUAUUUUAUUUUAUAUCUAGCUCAUGUUGACUUGUUUUCUUAUUAAUUUAAUUAUUGUUUAUUGUAAUGCAUAAUAUGUUUUGUUUUUUAUGGAUUAUAAAUAUAACAGUCAUAAUUUAGUGUUCAGAGAACAUUUAGUGACUUUGGGAAUCUGCAAUAUAUUUGAUAGCUUUCUUGUUGGGAUGAAAGUUGAUGUCAUAUAUUUGUGAAUUACAUAAUAAAUUAUAAGUUAUAAGUUGUAUUACAUUAGGUAGCUAACUCUGUAUGUAGCUGUAUAAGUCUAGGAACGUAUACCCGUUAACAUUCGAAAUCUUCUGGUGCUUGUAGUGUUUAAGUCUCGUCUCCUUCCAUUCCAUUUAUGUGCAUUUUAUCCUAGUCUCACUCACAUGUAAACCCGUGACUAAUAUUUUAAACUACUAAUAGAAAUGUUAGUUUAAGUUUAUUACACAAAAUCGAAUCAAAAUGCCAAAAUUGUCAUGAGACCUGAAUUUGGACCAAUUAUUGUGCAGUACAGGUGCUUACACGCCAUCCCACUCAAAUGUCGAAUUUAUAUCGACCUUUAAUUUUUAGAACAUUCUCCGUUUGAUUUUUCUCAUGUAUUUUACGUAUAUAAUGUGAUUUCCGUCCGUGACGCGUAGCAUUCCCGGUACAUUGUCUCCUAGUUAGCUUGAAUCGCACAUAUCUUUGUUCCUGACGUGAUAGUUAUAAUAUAUUUUUUCCACACUGAUCGCUAGUUACUAUGUUAGCAAGCAGACUUACUGUUUUAUUGCAGAUUCCUGUUUUGUAUAUGUAGUUUUAAGAAUAAAAGUUAACGAUUGUGCCGACAUGUAUAUGAUAUUUUGAAAUUCUAAAUAUCUUUAAACACAGAUAAUUUAUUAUUAUCUUAUAAAUAGUAUAGUAAGAGUGAGUGCGUCUUUGCUAAUGAAUGAUACUUAUAGACAAAAUAAUAAAGUAGCUUCAUUACAUUACUGAUACGGAUGAUAUUUAUUUAUCGGCUGUGCAAUGUUUUUUACAUAUAUAUUUACCUUUUAUAUCAAAAACCGUCAGAAAAAGAACUAUUUGUUCAUAUGAUUAUAACAAUCUAUGUUCUCGAUGAUUUCUUCUCUUCUCUAUGCAUGCAUAUUUUUAUACAUUAUUGAUAUCUUGACAUAUACCUUGUGAUAUAACAUUAGGGACACUCGUUUUUGUAUCUCUAAUGGAAGACAUCAAAUAUAAUGAUGACUUAUAUAGACAUUCUUUAUCUCCAUUUUAUUGAAAGUUUGAAAGAAAUCCCGGAGAUUUCAAAUGUAAUAUUUUUCAAGAUUUUUCUGUUUCCAUUUUAUGUGUUCUCUUAAUUUAUUUUCAGUACUUAGGGCCUAAUUUUUUAUAAGAAUUUAUCAUCUACUUGGUCUAAGAUGAAUAGAGUUUGUGUAUCGAUAGGUACGUUAGAUGUAAACAUAUUUUUGGCUUGAUUUUCAUUAGUGGUAGAGAACGGCGCGCGGCCGCCGCCUGCGUUGCCAACCGUACAUUGUAUCUUGAGGAUGUUAUUGUUUUAUAGGUUCUAAAAUAAUGAAUGUGUAAUAUAAAUAUUUUUUUAAAAUCAAUAAAGAGUGAUAUUAA